AUGUCACAUCCAAUACCACAGAUGGUGGAUAUCUCGCAUGCUUUGCAGUCAAGCGCGAUCGAAAAGAUGCGGAGCGACAUCAGAGACUUUCAGCAGGCGUCGGAGCUGUCGCAGAGCCAGUUUGCCACGGUGAAGAAGUAUAUGGAGUCGCUGGAGACAGCGUUUGCGCAAUUUACCAAGGAUAACCAGCAUAUCGAGUCUGGAACAGAUCCUGCGGUGACCGCAGCGGAUAAGCAGCUUUAUUCAGGUUUGAAAGCGAUGUAUGCGGACUACCUGUUGCAGUUGGGCAACAUAUGGAAGCAGAAUAGCAACAGCAGCGGGGACUGCGAGCCAUUGGACUACAUUGUGGAGGAACUACCAUAUCUUCAACCUACCGAGCGUAAAAGUUAUAUCGAUAAUCUGAUCUUAGGUAAUAAGUACGAUGAAAAGUUGAGCAAAUCGGGGAGAAUUCUGGAGGCUAUGAUCAACCUUUGCGUGCUGGACUCGACGUUGACGGCCAAUUUGCGCUCAUACAUCACUUUCCUGAGGAAGAUAGGAUUUAGCAACGAAUCGCUCAGGAGAGCUCUCCCGGCAGACCUGUCGAACUCGCCGUGGCUGACCGAGAGCUCCAGCGAGACGGUUGUGGACGUCGCUGCUGCCAAGAAGAUUACAACCGACAGAGCAGGCACCCCGCCGUUGAAGGAGCAGGAUGACAAGAACGGUCCUGACGAUGAGAAGAAGAAGAAGAUAUCGUUCUCAAGGUACCUGAAGAAGGGAGAUGUGCCGGUGAAUGAAAAUGGUAAGAGAAAGUCCUCUGCAGCCGCAGUACGGGAUGGCUCGAAGAAAGUCAAGAAGGAGGAAGCAGCUACUUUGAAUUCAAUCCUAAAAGCAAGUGGCAGCUCCAAGAAGAAUUCAAACAACAUCAAAUUCGUAGAUGACUCUAUACUGGUGAAAGUAUACGGUGAUGGUCUUCCGAAUGAAGGAUUGUACGUAGCACCUGAGAAGCUGAAGAAGAUACUGAAGCCGUUCAAGGAAGGGGAACCUCGAGAAACCGUCCUGAUUGAAAACUAUAAGAAAAAGGCUCCCGAGCUAGACAUUGAAUUCGAUUUAUCGCCCGAGGAAUUUGAUGUAACGGAGACCAAAGGUGGUCCCAUCCCAUGCGAAACAGUCGUACCUCUAAAGUAUAGACUUAACUUCACAAAUUUCAGCUCGGAACUGAGUAGCAGACCGCCACGAGAGCCUGUUGUCGUCGAAGAGCCAAUGGACGCUAUGAAAAAGAACAAAGGACCACUUAUCGUACGAGCUUUCGGCAAGAACAGCCUCCUUUUAAGAAAGGACAGAGGUGGACUGCCCUACAAGCGCGUUCCCGAGGUUGUUCCUAUAGACUAUCCAUCUAGGGCGUCCCAGUGA